AUGACAACAAUUACAGAAAACGAUAAAUAUGUUCUGAAUGCGAUUUUCAAUCCAAACUAUCCGUUGGAUUUUGAUAAAGAACCAACAUCAUCUGAUUUAACUGAUUCUAAAGAUGAUAAACAAUCAUUAGAAAUUAAGAAGUUAGAAGAAGAAGGAGUACGUUUAGCGGAACAAAAUCGUCUAGAUGAAGCUAUUGAACAUUUUAGUCAAGCUAUUCUACUUAAUGCACAAAAUCCAUCAGCUUACAAUAAUCGAGCUCAAGCUUAUCAAUUACAAAAUAAAACUGAAGAAGCCAUGGCUGAUUUGACCAAAUCAAUUGAUUUAUGCUCUACUGAAAAUCGUCAUCAAAAAACUCUUUCAUUAGCAUUAACACAACGUGGAAUUCUUCAUCGAGUCUUAGAUAAUGAGAAGGCAUCAUUGGAAGAUUUUACACAAGCUGCUGAACUUGGUUCAGCAUUUGCUAAACAACAAGUACUUUUAUCAAAUCCAUAUGCAGCUGCUUGUAAUCAAAUGCUUUCAAAAAUGAUGAAAGAACUAUCACAUAGUUCAUAA